AUGUCAAAGAUCAAUGUACUCGCCAGACUACGCACACUGCUUGGGAUGGCCAACACUCCCGAGAAACUGGACCUCUCAGGCAGUAGCUGCGGAUUUGCGGAUGGCGACCCAUGUGCAGCUUGCAAUGAAAUAACAGCACUCGACAACAAAAUCGAAGUUGCAGCUUCGACUCUUCAAAACCUUAUCGUCGAGGCCACGCCCAAACUUUGGACGGAACUUUCGAUUGACUUCCACCGAUCCGAUGGUGAACCAUACAUCAAUUUCAUCGAUGGAUGGCUCUCACGAUCAGGAGGACUGGGACUCAGACUGGCGGUCUAUGAAUCUGUCAGCAGGGCAUGGAUUACGGUCGCCAAAGCCGAGCUACAAUCCAAGAUCCAAGCGACGUCCGCAUGUCUAGUUGAGCUCGUCAACGCCCAUGCACCACGUUGGAAGAACUUGGACAUACGUGUCUCAAAGGAUUUCCUUCGGCAAUUCCAGUGUCCCCCUAGCCAAGAAUUGGUGCUUGAAAGUCUACGCAUGCGCACACUCGUUCACGAUUCAAACGAUGAAGACCUUGUGUUUUGCAUACAAACGGAUACCGACUACACCCUGCGCCCGAAAGAUUCCAAGCGGACGUUGGCGGUAUCACAGCGCUUGACUGCCUCGCCCUUCUCGCCGCUUCUCUGA